UAUGUAAUUUAUUUGUUCUAGCAUCACAUCCAGCAGUUAAACCAUGGAAGAACCGGAACGCCAUGAUAAUACAAACGUAAUUAAAAGAAUAUCGUAAAGAUAAAAAAUAAUCUAGUCGAAAUAUAUUAUUAUUUAUAUAAAUCAAUUCCAUAUUUAAUUGUUUGUAAAACAAUGUGCAAAAUAUAAUUUUGUGUUACCAAAGUAUAUAUAGAUGUUAUUAAGCUUAUGGGAUAUUUGGAAGGGAGAGAGAAAUUCAGAGAGAGAUAAAGGGAGAGAGAAAAUGGCAGCCACUAUGGUGGAAACUCCGCCGCCGCAGUUAAUUACCACGAUCGAAUGGAGUAUGAUGGAUAAGAGUAAAUUCUUUCCGCUCUAUACGUUGAGCAGCUUCACAGUUCGUUGCGCUUUAUACCCCCUGACGCUCGUUAAAACUCAGAUACAAGUGCAACGCAAAAAGGAGGCUUAUAAAGGCGUUUCAGACGCAAUCUCUAAGAUUUACGCCAGUGAAGGCAUGAGCGGAUUGUACAGAGGAUUUUGGCUGUCCAGUUUUCAGAUAAUCUCUGGCGUUUUUUAUAUAUCGACAUACGAGGGCGUGCGACACGAACUCGGAAAAUAUGACAUUAACGCCAAGAUGAAGUCGUUCGUGGCCGGUGGUUGCGCAUCUCUGGUGGGUCAGACGGUGAUAGUUCCCUUCGACGUGCUGAGUCAGCAUCUAAUGGUGCUCGGCCUCGUCAAGGGCUCACCCGAUGGCGUGAAGAACAAGAAAGUUAAUCCACUAGGCUUAAACCUAGAGCAGCGCAUGUCUAAGUCAGCUCUUGCCAAGGAGGUGGCUGUGAGGGUGUACCGUCUACACGGUCCACUGGGCUACUAUAGAGGCUAUGCAGCAUCUCUGGCCGCCUAUGUGCCCAACUCUGCUCUAUGGUGGGCACUCUACACCGCGUACCAAGACGAGCUUCUGAGGGUAAGUCCAUCGUGGAUUUCGCAUCUGUUCGUGCAGUGCGUCGCUGGAACACUGGGUGGUUUUACCACAACAAUUCUUACCAACCCUCUUGACAUAGUCCGGGCAAGGUUACAGGUUGAAGGUGUUGGGUCUAUGCGACAAGUGUUCAACGAGCUGUGGAAGGAAGAAGGAUUCUUCGGACUCUACGCCAAAGGUCUGUCGGCGAGGCUGGUGCAGUCUGCCUGCUUCUCUUUCUCCAUCAUCCUGGGCUACGAGAGCAUCAAGAGAGUUUCUGUCAGUGACGAGUUUAGGACGAGAGUACGUUGGUGAAUAAACAUUGUUAGACA